AUGGCUCCCAGAUCAUUCUAUGAUUGCUUUGAACCAGACUUUGUUAGCUGGGUUAAAGACAAUGCUGAAGACCAAGCAGCUAUGGCUUUAGCUGCUACAGCCUUUCCUGCAGAAGUGCGCGAUGAGCUAGAGCAGCCAUCAGAGCUUUCUUUCGACACAGUAGAAGGAUCGGAGGACAUCGCUAGGGAGGCAAUCCAACAAGACCUCGAGCUAGAUGAGGCCGAGGUACACAACUUGCCCGCAUCCGAACAAGAGCGGCGUGAAGGUAGGAAGCAGCUACCGCAGCGUAUUCGUGGGGCGCUGCGCCGCUUGCAUCGGCAGUUCGGACACUGUCCACACAAGGUACUAAUUAACCUUCUCCGUGCAGCCAAAGUAGACAAGGCGUACGUUGACGACGCCAAGCUACUCAGGUGCGCAGAGUGUGAGGAGGCAGCUCCCAGGCGCCCCGCUCACAAGGCAUUAGCGCAUCAAGUUCUCAACGAAGAGCCGGUUAUCCCCGACGCUAUUGCGCGAGGUAACCAAGAGUUCGAAGACCACAGAGGAGCUCAGCCUGAGACUCCUGUGGAAGAACCUCAAGUCGAGGAGGAAGACCCCUUCGACUUGCCGCUUGCCUCUAUCAUGGAGGAAGAGGAAGCACCGAACGAGCCGGUUCGCAUGCGUACUGUUCGUACAGACGCGCUAGAUCGCGCUGAAGGCUCGGAACGCAGUGUGCGUCCGAGGCACGAGAGCCGUGUCGAGCCAGAGGCCGAACGACCGCCAAGUCGUAGAGCAAGUUCCUACGACAUCACAGACGAUCUGCCAGAGCAGAUACGCAGCCAACUAGCUGAUGCUCACACAGCUCAGUUUGGUGACCUUUCAGGCACCAUGACAAAGAAGCAAUGCCAGACAUGGACAGCUUUUAAGGCGUUCAUGGCCAACCGUGUUCUAACCAAAGAACAGGUUGAGCAUCAACAACGGGAAGAGUACAAGCGCCUUCCCGGGCUCGUUGGUUGUGGCAAUUUUGAGGAUGCCACUGGUGUUAG